CACGCAACCAGAAAUUGUUUAUUAUUUUAUUAAUUUAUUCUUGUCGCAAUUAGAAAUGGUGAUUACUAGAGGUUUGACUCAUGAGUAAGAACGCAGGGUGCAAAUAUUGAGUGGUUCUAUAAUUGUAUUUGAUGAUUUAUCUUGCAAGUUGGUUAAGAAUGAUGGAUAUUCCAGAUAUGAAUAGAGUCACCGUGUGAAGUAUGAACACGCAAGUUUAUGAUUGAUUGACCGAGCAAGCGCAAGCACUGACAUGACUCCACAUAUAUGCUACUCUGCAUGAACAUUGAUAACAGUUGUUGGGUGUGUUCUCUUUGCACUGAUUAAUGAGAAUGGAGAAGGAGGUGGAGCUUGGUUCCCUUGAAAUGGCAACCCAACACAUUUCACGAGCAGAGAGGCGCAAGGGUGGACUUGUUACCAUGCCUUUCAUCAUUGCAAAUGAGGCACUUGCGAGGGUGGCUAGCUUGGGCCUUUUGCCCAACAUGAUACUCUAUUUGAUGGGAAGCUACAGGCUUCACUUAGCCAAAGCUACCCAGAUACUCCUCUUGUCCUCUGCUAGUGCCAAUUUCACUCCUGUGGUGGCUGCUUUCAUUGCUGAUUCUUAUCUCGGUCGAUUCCUCGCUGUUGGGUUAGGAUCUGCCAUCAGUUUUCUGGGAAUGGCACUGCUGUGGUUAACAGCUAUGAUCCCAAAGGCACGGCCUCCAAAUUGCAACCAAGGGACUGAAAGCUGUAAAUCGGCAACAGGGGGACAAAUGGCAAUCUUGCUCUCUUCCCUUGCUCUCAUGUCUAUUGGAAAUGGUGGUCUUUCAUGCUCCUUAGCAUUUGGUGCAGACCAGGUGAAUAGAAAAGAUAACCCCAAUAACCUCAGGGUCUUGGAAACAUUCUUCAGCUGGUACUAUGCUUCUGCUACUAUUUCUGUCAUAAUUGCCCUCACAGGAAUAGUUUACAUCCAAGACCAUCUUGGAUGGAAAGUGGGUUAUGGAGUUCCAGCAGCACUUAUGCUUUUAUCCACUGUCUCCUUCUUCCUUGCCUCUCCACUCUAUGUAAAGAAUAAAGUACAAACCAGCUUGUUAACUGGAUUUGCACAAGUCAUUGUUGUGGCCUUCAAGAACAGAAAACUUCCAUUACCACCCAAGAACUCUCCUGAACUUUACCAUCAUAAGGAGGACUCAGAUCUUGUGGUUCCAUCUGAUAAACUAAGGUUUCUUAAUAAAGCUUGUGUUAUUAAAGAUCCUGAAGAAGAUAUAGGCUCUGAUGGUUCAGCAUCAAAUCCGUGGACUCUCUGCACAGUAGAUCAAGUAGAAGAACUAAAAGCCAUUAUUAAAGUAAUUCCCUUGUGGUCUACAGGGAUCAUGAUGUCACUUAGCAUUGGAGGCUCAUUUGGAUUGUUACAAGCAAAAUCCUUAAACAGACACAUCACCUCACACUUUCAAGUGCCACCUGGCUCUUUCAGUGUAAUCAUGGUAGUCGCAAUAUUCGUAUGGAUAGCUCUGUAUGACCGUGUACUUCUUCCUAUAGCAUCAAAGAUAAAAGGCAAACCAGUUAGGAUCAAUGCAAAGAGAAGAAUAGGACUAGGCUUGUUUUUCUCUUUUCUCCACUUGGUAACUGCAGCACUUGUUGAGACAAUAAGGCGAAAGAGAGCAAUCAAGGAGGGAUAUCUUAACAAUACCCAUGCAGUGUUGAACAUGUCUGCGUUGUGGCUUGCACCACAACUUUGUUUGGGUGGCAUAGCUGAAGCAUUCAAUGCAAUAGGCCAAAAUGAGUUUUACUACACAGAGUUUCCUAGGAGCAUGUCUAGUGUUGCUGCUUCUCUUUCUGGACUUGGAAUGGCUGCAGGAAACUUGGUAUCUAGUUUUGUGUUCAGUGCUGUUGAAAACGUUACUUCAAGAGGUGGAAAAGAGGGUUGGGUUUUGGAUAACAUUAACAAGGGUCGUUAUGAUAAGUACUAUUGGGUUCUAGCUGGUCUGAGUGCACUUAAUGUAGUGUAUUAUCUGAUAUGUAGUUGGGCUUAUGGACCGACCGUUGAUCAAGUACGUAACAUGGAGGAAGCAUCAACUGAAGAAAUUGGCAAUGAGAAACAGGUUGACAAGGCAUGUGAGAUUACUGAAGAAAUUGGCUCAAAGGAGAAAGAGUUCACUGAAUUGCAGAAUGGCGAAAAAAGAAUUCAAGAUUAGUAAAUAAAAUGGUUCAAAGGAGGAAGAGUUAACUAGCAGAUAUAUAUGUUGAAUUGCUCCUUUAGGAAUAUAGUUAGUGAGUCACUGAAAUUUAGAUAAGUUCAUCCCUUUUCCAUGUUUUUAUAGUAGUAGUCGCAUAUAUCAUAUAUGAUAAGGCUAUAAAUGCAUAUACACAUAUAUAUUUAUGUUUAUGUAUAAUCGAUUUGCGUAUCAAGAGGUGAACUUGCUGCAUAGUGAAACUGUAAUAAUACUCGUAAAAAUAAAUUAUAAUGAUACUACAAAAUGCUAUGAA